CCAAGGAUGGACUCCAUACCUGCGGGGCGAGACUCCAGCUCCUCGCCAAGCUCCAAACAAGAACUUUCCUACCCGGGCACCAAGAACCUGAAACCCAACCAGGUCGGAGAGACGGUGUUGUACGGAAUACCGAUCGUUUCUUUGGUGAUAGAUGGCCAGGAGAGACUUUGCCUUGCACAGAUAUCUAACACCCUAUUGAAACAUUACAGCUAUAACGAGAUACAUAACCGACGUGUGGCGCUGGGAAUCACCUGCGUCCAGUGCACUCCUGUCCAGCUGGAGAUCCUGCGGAGAGCCGGGGCAAUGCCAAUCUCCUCCAGGCGCUGCGGGAUGAUCACUAAGCGCGAGGCAGAGAGACUUUGUAAGUCAUUCCUAGGAGCUCAUUCGCCUCCUAAACUUCCAGAAAAUUUUUCUUUUGAUGUGUCCCACGAAUGUGCCUGGGGGAGUCGAGGCAACUUCAUCCCGGCCAGAUACAACAGCUCAAGGGCCAAGUGCAUCAAGUGCUCCUAUUGCAACAUGUAUUUUUCUCCGAAUAAAUUCAUAUUUCAUUCGCAUCGCACGCCAGAGUCCAAGUACACGCAGCCAGAUGCAGCUAAUUUUAAUUCUUGGAGGCGGCAUCUCAAAUUAACCGAUAAAAACGGCCAGAUAGAUGUAUUACACGCAUGGGAAGAUGUGAAGGCCAUGUUCAACGGGGGCAGUCGCAAGAGGACGCUGCCAGGCUGUGGUUCAGGGUCCAGCUCUCCUUUAAAACCACAAGGAACCAACCGUCCCCGAGAGUCACCCGAAGUACCUGCAAAAAUCAUCGGCUGCGAGGACAACCGGGACGGCAUGACGAGCACGCGCAGCUACCCAGUCAUCCCCGUGCCCAGUAAAGGCUUUGGGAUGCUGCAAAAGAUCCCACCGCCGCUCUUUCCUCAUCCUUACGGGUUCCCAGCCUUCGGCCUGUGCCAGAAGAAAGACGACAGUAUGAUGGGGGAGCAAAGUAAAGCGGGCCUUCCGGGUGUCCUGUGGCCUGGUACCAAGGACAGCGCCUAUCACUCCUUCCCCAUGUUCUGGCCCGCGGCGGGCGCUCUGCCCAUGCCUCCGUACCCCCAGACUCAGCACAAACCCCCACCAGAGCUGCUGUGUCCUCCUAGACAGACUGACAUGGACAUAUCUGAGCACAGCGACCGGAGCACCAACACGUCAAAAGACAGCAUGGUCGAAAACGACCGGUGCUCCAGCACUCAGUCCACGCGCAACGAAGACGACAAGUCUGGGGACGAGGCGAGGCCGCUGGAGGGGAUGACCCUUGUGCCCCGGAAAAUCAGCUACGUCUCCGCGUUCAGACCCGUUAUUAAAGACGCUGACUGCAUCGCCAAGCUGUACGGCAACAGGGGUGCUUACAACGGGUGUCGCACCGGCUAUUUAUCGCCCGAUUUUUUAAGUGAGAGCUCAAGCUACCGGUCCAUGUCCCCCUGCGUGGACAGUGAGGGCGAGCCGGACGUGGAUGUGGAGACAAAUAAAACACCGGAGGAGGAGGAGGACUCCCGGCCUCUGUCCUCGGUGUGUCCCCGGACUCCUCCCGACUUGGCUCCUCACAGUGUUUCACCAAACGAUUCAGACUCCAAGGGCAUGCAGGAGAGCAGUCUGGUUGACUCCCAGAAAAUGAGCCUACUCGUGGCCCAGUCCUCUGAAAGAGAACUGCAGAACAAGCAGUUAUCAGAGACCCACAUAGCUGCGUCUUUUACAGAAGUGUACACACCGGAGAGGGGUGAGCUGCAACAAAGGAGCAGUCCGUAUCAGUUCAGACCUGCGAAUUACCAGAGUGGAGUACUUACUACAAAUGAUGAGAGUGCAAGUAAAGAAGAGCCGUCUUCCACAGUGGAGGAAAUCGAAACGAAAUCUUUUAAUGAACAAAGCAGCGAGGAGAACCAGCGAGAGGGCGAGGACGCCCCAGCCAGAGCUCUGCCAGCACAAAGAGCCAUAGAAAGUCUGGCAAAAGAGGAACUACAGAAGCAGCUGUUAGAGCAAGUUGAGCUGAGGAAAAAGCUGGAACGUGAAUUUCAAAACUUGAAAGAUAAUUUUCAUGAUCAAAUGAAAAGGGAACUUUCCUACAGGGAGGAGAUGGUGCAGCAGCUUCACAUCGUCCGAGAAGCUCACGACGCUUUACAUCAUUUCUCGUGCAAGAUGUUGACUCCUCGCCACUGCACCGGAUCCUGCUCCUUCAAAUCUCCUCUGCUACCACCCUGAAAACAGAUUACUACACAUGUAGGCUAUAUAUGACAGAGAAACAAAGGACACAUCGACAGCUUCUGUCAAAUCACAGAAAGCUUCUAGGGACACUGAGGAAUCACGUUGGAAGAGGACUAAGUUGUAAUUUACUUGUAAUAUUUUAAGAUGUGUAUCUCCAACCUCAGCAUUUAUGUAACCAUCUUGCAUACGGUGAAAUUUGUUUUACUGAAAUGAUACCAUUGAUGAUAUUUAUUAUUUGUGGCAAAGUGCAAUGACAAUGUAUGUAUGUUGUGAUAGUUAGCUAGGCCUAUAGGUUGUUAUUUCGUUGGUUUUUUUUCUUGUCAGUAAUAGCAGCUUUGAUUAGCCAAUCCAUUGCUCUUCAUCCUCUCAGUAUUGUGACUUAGCCUACUACUUUGUUGACUUUUGCUGUGUUCUUCUUCUUUGCAGGCCAAUAGCUUACUUUGGAUGUUAUGCACUUUAAACAAGUGGUGGGAAUUACCAUAAAAAGCUUGUGCAUUGAAAUAGGCCUACAAUAUAAUUAUUUGUAGCGGUCAAACCAUGCCUAUUUGUUUUUGAAGACUUAAAAACAGAAGUUAGUAGGCUAAAUUAGUACACCGGCGACCUUGUAAGUAGUGACAUAUUCUAUUAAGAGUAGUC